AUGAAUAGUAAUUGCCUUAGACUUGCCCUAGACUUUGCCCUCAUGGGUGGAACCACAAAUGCAAAGGCUGACACUAUUCACGAUGUGGUGAAGAGGGAUCAGGAAGUUUAUGUGAAGGUGAUUUCAAUUUCAGGUCAGAAGUUGAGCCUUUCGAUGAGGAAUGUUGAUCAACAUACAGGGAAGGAUUUGCUCCCCUUGAAGAAGAGGUCAAAGAAUGAUGCUCUUAGGAUGAACCCAUUUUUUUCAAAGGAUGGACCUGUGACUAGGACUGGUCUUUCUGGGAUUAGGAUUGUGGAAAAGGAUGAUGUUGGCCCAUCACGGCGGCCAUUGAAGAGAAUGAGCUCGCCAGAGAAGUGGGAAGCCAAACAGUUGAUUGCCUCAGGUGUUUUAGGUGUUACAGAGUAUCCUAUGUAUGAUGAGGAAAUCGAUGGGAUGCUUUAUCAAGAAAAGGGAGCUGAGGAAAAGCUUGAGAUUGAGCUCAAUGAGGACGAGCCAGCCUUUUUAAAUGGACAGGGCAGGUAUUCUGUUGAUAUGUCACCUGUGAAAAUCUUUAAGAAUCCAGAAGGGUCACUGGGUCGUGCAGUUGCACUUCGGUCUGCACUCAUUAAGGAGCGUAGAGGAGUGCGUGAGAAGCAGCAAAGAACCAUGUUGGACAUUACUUUCCCAACCAAUUUGGACUCUAAUAAGCCACUAUCAAGCUGA